AUGGAUGUUUUCGACGGUCAUUCACUCAUGACGAAGACAAUCCUCUAUGAUGAUGCUAAGUACGGCCUACAGGGACCUGGUCUGGCCAAAAUCGCUGCAUACGCUGCGAACAAUGCGGCAUUCAAGAGUCAGUUGGAGGCUGAGACCGCGGUGAAGUCAGCUCAACGUGCAUUGCAUAUGCUCAAUCAAUUGAGUCAAGCUGCUCCUAUUCAGUUCGAUGCUGCGAGGACGAGGUGA